UUUACUUCCCCAAAACAAUUAUUAUGUUCUCCACCAGCACCGCCACCAUCUCUUUCUUCUUCUUCCUCCUAAUCUCACUAGCCGCCAUCCACGCCGGCGACAACGGACCCAGUUAUAGUAAACUCCGACAUGGGUAUUACUCCACCACUUGCCCUGAUGCCGAAAUCACAGUAAAAAAUGUCAUCAGAAAAAACAUGAUAAUAGACCCCAGAAGCGCUGCUUCAGUUAUGCGUUUUCAAUUCCACGAUUGCUUUGUAAAUGGAUGCGAUGCUUCAAUGUUACUAGAUGACACUCCAAACAUGUUAGGAGAAAAGGAAUCCCUCUCCAACGGAGGCUCUUUAAGAUCAUACGAGGUCAUCGAUGAAGCCAAAGCCAACCUCGAACAAAUCUGUCCCGGAGUCGUCUCUUGUGCCGACAUCAUCAUCAUGGCGGCCAGGGAUGCUGUACUUUUCAGCGGAGGGCCGGAUUGGGCGGUGAAAUUGGGUAGAAAAGACAGUCUCACCGCCAGCCAAAAGGAUUCCGAUGACAUCAUGCCCACCCCAAGAGCAAACGCAACUUAUCUCCUCAAUCUCUUCCAGAAAUUCAACCUCUCCGCCAAAGAUCUCGUCGCGCUUUCCGGGUCUCAUUCGAUCGGUAAAGCAAGGUGUUUUUCAAUCGUCUUUCGACUCUAUAAUCAGUCCGGGUCUGGUUUACCAGACCCGGCUAUGAACCCUGAAUACAGAAAGAAGCUGGACAAGCUCUGCCCAAUGCCGGAUGGUAACUUGAGUGUAACCGUCGACUUGGAUUCGACGCCGGAAUUGUUCGAUAACCAGUAUUUUAAGGAUUUGGUUAAUGGAAAAGGGUCGUUGAAUUCGGAUCAAACACUGUUUACGUUGCCCGAGACUAGGAAGUAUGUGGAGAGAUUCAGUAGAGGGGAGAAGGAAUUCUAUGAAGCUUUUGUGAAGGGGAUGAUCAGGCUGGGCGAUCUCCAAUCAGGUAGAUCCGGCGAGAUUAGAAGGAACUGUAGGGUGGUCAAUCAGUUAGUGUUGGGAAGAAGAACUGAAGGAGUUUCAAGGAAAACAUCUCUUACUUAAUUGAUCAGAUAUCACUUUCAAAGUUUCUAUGUUUAAUUAAGGUCUAAGGAUAAUAUUGUUGAUCGAUGAUUACUUCUUAAUUUUAAAUAAUCACUUUA